UGCGUGGGGGAUCAGUAUCGUUCGCCAGUCGCCAGCCAGCCGUUGCCCGCGUAGCCCGCGUCGCGCGGCAUCAGUUUUCCCCCCCACGGAAUUUUGUGUCGCGAACACGGAAUAACAACAAAAAAAAAAAAUAGAACACUUUCUUUGAUUAUGGAUUAUGUGUACUGCUGAGGAGUGUUACAAAAGUGUCUUAUUCUACGUCAGUGCACCCGGUCCGCCUUUAAAACGAUAUUAACACACGAGGACAAUCAUGGAGUCUUCCGUGGCGACGCACUGGCUCUCUGCGUUCGUGAUACUCUGCUCAUUCAUCACGACACAAUCGCUCAACAACAAGAUCCACGAGCACAUGACAAUAGAUGAGCUUCGGAACGUCUUCCAUGUCGAGCACCACAGCAGAGUACCAGAAUACCACCUGGUUCAGCUCACACAUCACUUGGCCAGAAGGAAUAUACCCACUUCUCAUCCAGCGAACUCGAACAGCGCCGAUUCAGGAAAGACCCCCCAUUUAAAAACCGAAAAAGUCACUAAAGGUGGGUACAAGGCCCCCUCUUUGCUCAAUGACGAGAUGUUUGUCGAAGCAAAGAAGCGUAUCGAAGAUGUUGAUAUCAUUGGAGAUCCGAAUAGUACAGUUAGUGUGAACUUCAAAGUUCAAUCUAGUGAAUUUGGUGACAGUGAAUCAUUGAGUGAUAAAGAACAUUCUGCCGAGAGUCAAGAAGAUGGUGUGCAUAAGAUCGACUUGGAGGCGUUCGGGAGGCAGCUAAAGCUAGUCCUGAAGAAGCAGGAAGGUUUAAUCAAGAAAGACGGGCUGAAGGUGUGGAAAGCUUUGAAAAAUGAAACCCAGCCUCAUGGUGUAGAUUACGAAGAAAUGGUUACGGAAGAUGAUGAAGAAUUCGGUGAUCUAUAUCAGGACGAAGAGAACGGAGCCGCCCUGUUGAUACGACGGCAUCCUAAACAUGGAAAACUUGUGGUGGAGGGCUCAAUCGGUCACGAUCUCGUUAUAAGGCCGAUUCCUGACACGAUGACGUCACCCGCGCAAGACGAUGAGAUGUUCAUGGACCCCUCAAGCAUGGCCGACAUGGUCUCCAUAGACACCGGUCUGCCUAUUAUGAAAAGAAAAAAAGAAGAACAAGACAGACUACAGGAGGCCCUGAACGGAGCCCAACACGUUAUCAUCAAACGGGAUCCUGCGGAAGUUGACCAUAUGAGUGACUAUGCAUUCAUGGAGCCUGACCACAUUGGCAAGAGAUACAGGCGGAAAAGAUCGGCAGAGGCCCAUAAUCGACAGAAACGCGAGGCGCCUUAUGUUAUAUACCCCGAGAUAUUGGUCAUUGUUGAUUAUGAUGGGUACAGGUUACAUGGCGGCGACAACGUGCAGAUCAAACGUUAUUUCGUAUCGUUUUGGAACGGAGUCGAUUUGAGGUACAAACUGCUGAAGGGGCCAAGGAUAAGGAUAUCCAUAGCUGGUAUCAUCAUUUCAAGGGGUCGGGAUGCCACACCUUACCUCGAGAGGAACAGAGUAGGUCGGGAUGCCAUCGACUCUGCUGCAGCUCUGACCGACAUGGGCAAGUAUCUGUUCAGAGAGAGGCGGCUGCCCGUCUACGAUAUUGCCGUUGCGAUCACCAAACUUGACAUGUGCAGAAGGCAAUACGCGAACGAUGCCUGCAAUAGAGGGACAGCAGGUUUUGCUUACGUGGGAGGAGCUUGCGUUGUGAACAAGAGAUUAGAAAAGGUCAAUUCAGUAGCCAUCAUCGAAGACACUGGUGGUUUUUCUGGUAUCAUCGUGGCUGCUCACGAAGUUGGACAUUUGUUAGGAGCGGUCCAUGACGGCAGUCCUCCACCUUCGUAUCUCGGUGGUCCAGGCGCCGAGAAGUGCCGAUGGGAAGACGGCUUCAUCAUGUCUGAUUUGAGACACACUGAGAAGGGGUUCAGAUGGUCGCCGUGCAGUGUGCAGAGUUUCCACCACUUUUUAAAUGGGGACACAGCGACUUGCCUAUACAACUCUCCGCAUGAAGAUGACUCUUUGCCGCGAGUGUUGCCUGGUCGUCUCCUGACCCUGGACGCUCAGUGCCGGAAGGACAGAGGCACCAGUGCGUGUUUCAAGGAUGAGCGAGUGUGCGCUCAGCUGUUCUGUUUCGACGCGGGUAGCGGGUACUGCGUGGCGUACCGGCCCGCCGCCGAGGGCUCGCCUUGCGGAGACGGACAGUACUGCAUCAACGGCCAGUGUAUAACUGAACACGAGAAUAUCAUUCCGGAUUAUUCUCAGCACACGCCCAGCUACGUUCGUCCCGAGACGAGUCCAUUCUACGCGAAUAUUACUAGCCACGAAGCGACCACACAAGCAUUCGCGCCAAGUAACACACCUAGUCAAUACACAAACUACAAGCCAACGAGCGGACCUAGUCCCACAACCGAGGACGCCUUCAAAUACUACUUGUCGACUAGGAAACAGUCGUACUUUGACAAGACGUCGAAGCCAUACGAAUACUACACACAGAAGCCGAACACCUACCCACCGUCAAUAAACAAAUACUCCAUAACGUCCACGAAGAAUCCUUACGACUUCAAAGAUUUCGCAACGCCUCCGCCCAAAGCCGAGGACACCAGCAAAAGGGGUUUCUACAAUAGAGACGAAUUCGACAAUUACUUUGGACGUUCGACAACGAAAAGCUACCAGGAUAAAGCGGUGAAGUCUGUCUUCAAAUUCGGAACGUACUACUCGCAAAAGUCGAGCGAUAACUCAAUACGUCCGGACGCGAAUUCGCAACAAGUACAAAUCGAACCGGCGCGACUGGUGCUCUCGUAUCAAAGGAACCUCACCGCCGGCGAAUUAGCGAGGCUGUAAGCCAAAAACGAUUAUCGCAGCCGCCAUUAAUGAUAACGCGCGGAUCAUUUACUGAAGACUGCCCAGCUGAGAUGAAGCGACGCCCUUCUUGUCGUGUGACGUGAUCCUCCGUGACGUCACCGGCCGAAGGGAAGCCGUCCGGCUCAAACGUUUACGUAUAGAAUAUACCGUUAAUGCAUCGGAAUACGUUUAUUGAUUAAUAAAUAAACACAAGCAGAUCUUAUUUUUCCUUUGCUUGUUUUUAUUAGUAGUGAAAACGGGUGUAGUGUGAGUGUCUGAAGACAGUGCUUCUAAAGUGUCGGACACUAGGUGAGUGAUAUUGCAAUGUGAUUGAGUUUUAUGAACUAUUGUAGGUUAAUUUAGGGAUUUCUAGCUUAGGGCUUAGAAUGGACGCAUGGGAGGCAAGAACGAAAAAUAUUAAUGGUAUUUCGAAUUUUGUUUGUCGUAUUCACGUCUAGCUUGCUUGAUCAGCAGGGUAUGUGGUAUCAGCAAAUUUAGAUAGUCAUAUCAAAUAAGAGAUGAGACAAGAAAUAUGGUAAAGGCUAAGCGUUGACAAGGACUGUUUUGCCUUCAUUUACGCGACAGUUCAAUAAUCAGCCUAGUUUAUCUCUCUCUGGCUUAUCACGAUUUGAUGACGAGUGACAGAGAUAGAACUAGUUGAAUUUAAAUACACGAAGGCGGCGAAUAGUUUUCUUUACGUCCAUUUUGAGCUCUCUUUAGAAUUACUAGUGCGAUGUCAGUCUGUUGUUUUUUUUUUAACAUUAUAAAAAUACUCCUAAAUUUAUUUUGUUCUUAUUAAUGACAGAUGGUCUCGGUGCUAAAAAGGGUUUGAUGCAAAAAUAUUAACAAAAAAAAAAAACAAUCAAUAUGUCUUAUUAUGAGCAUGUUUAGUUCAGUUCAUAUCCAAGAGAUUCUGUAAUCUACAUUAUUCAGUGAAAAAGAAAUCUAAAGACUAAACUGUUUUUUUAGCAUCGGGCCUAAAACGUUAUGCGUGCAACAUUAUCUAAUAUAAAAAUUGACCAUUUUAAGCACAAGCUACACAAAAUAAAGGACAUUUCUAUUUUUUCUAUGCACUGCGCGGCAGAAUUGUCAGUAUUUUUUUUUGUUUUCGUGAGCUGUGUAUUAAAUGUGGGUAGUACAUAAAUACUUUACAGGGUCAAUAAUCAAGGGUUGUCAAUGUAAAUAAAAAUGCUCAUUCAGUUUAGCUUAUCCAAGAAUCCAAGGUUUAAUUUGAAUAAUUAUUAGUUGAUGUUGCACGUUACCUAUGAAAUAUUACAAUAUUUUGAAUACGAAACUGCCAGGAAGUGCCUUUUAUUCAGUAACUUAGAAUAUAAAAUAGUUUUACUUUUAAAAUUUUGUAGUUUUCAAACUCCCGAGCGACUGGUUCGCGGUUUUCUGAACAAACUUAGAUUUUAUUAGGUACAUAUAAAAUUUUUACAAACGAAUAAAAGAUAUAUUUUUAAAAAUAAAAUUAAGCCUGUUUUUUUUUUAUGUCUUAACACUAUUUAUGUGACAUUUUAGAUCUGUAAAGUUACCAAUGUAUAAAAUACUUAAUUUAAUAUAAAUAUUUACGAUAUUAUUUUUCGAGAAAAAAGAAAAUGUUACAAAGUUAAAAUACGAACACACUUGCCGUUGGAAUGCUAAGUAUUUAUGAUAACUAUUUAUAUAUUAUUAUACCUUGACUCCAUCCAAUUAUUGUCUAAAUUUUAAGAAAUGUAAAAAUUUAAAUAUCCAAAAUUAUCAA